AUGGCCCUAAGACUCCCUCUCUUGCUCUUUUGUGCCCUGCACAUCAAAGAUCUGGCCAUCCAGGCUGCCGACACCUGCCCAGACGUGCAGGUGGUGGGCUUGGGGAACUCCGACAAGCUCAGCAUUCUGAGAGGCUGUCCCGGACUGCCGGGGUCCGAAGGGCCCAAAGGAGAGACGGGAGCCAAUGGAGAGAAAGGAGAACCAGGUCUCCCAGGACUCCCUGGAAAGCCAGGACCGCUAGGGCCCAAAGGAGACCCAGGAGAGAAGGGGCCUCGUGGAGAGAAAGGUGACCCCGCGCCAUUUCAGACGUGUGCCACAGGACCGCGGAACUGCAAGGAGCUGCUCGCCCGCGGCCACUUCCUGACGGGCUGGCACACCAUCUUCCUGCCCGACUGCCGGCCGCUGACGGUGCUCUGUGACAUGGACACCGACGGCGGCGGCUGGACGGUCUUCCAGCGCAGGAUGGACGGCUCCGUGGACUUCUUUCGAGACUGGGCUGAUUACAAGAAGGGCUUCGGCAGUCAGCAGGGCGAGUUCUGGCUGGGAAACGAGAACAUCCAGGCCCUGACCUCCCAGGGAACCAGCGAGCUGCGCGUGGACCUCGAGGACUUUGAGGGCCAGAGGGCCUUCGCCACCUACAACUCCUUCAAGGUCCUGGGGGAGAACGACAAGUACCAGCUGGUCCUGGGGGACUUCAAGGAGGGCACUGCGGGCGAUUCCCUGGCGUUCCACAACAACGUGCCCUUCUCCACCAAAGACCGGGACAGCGACGGGAGCGCUGCCAGCUGCGCGGAGCUCUACCACGGGGCCUGGUGGUACGCUAACUGCCACCAGGCAAACCUGAACGGCCGCUACCACCGCGGGGCCCACGACAGCUAUGCGGAUGGCGUCAACUGGCUGACGGGGAAAGGAUACAAGUACAGCUACAAGGUGUCGGAGAUGAAGGUGCGGCCCGUUUAGCCGCCAGCACCCCACAGCGGAAUCCGGCGGGAAUCCCUUUCUGCAUCCGAAGCCCUGGGUCUGUGUCUCCGGCUGAGAAA